AUGGACUACCUGAGGACACUAGGCUCUGCCGCGGUGUCCUCUCUCGUACAAAAGUCAGGUCUGACUCUCCCGUUCUCCCUGGGUGCACGUGUAACGUCAUUCGACAAUCACUCAAUAUGGAACCUGUAUGAUGGGACGAAACGGGACGAUGGAUCCCCGGUGUCUGUAUUCGAAUUCGAUGCGGGCUCUCCGGGAAAGAGAAACGUUCUAGGGCUCGCGAAAAAUGCGCUCAGGAAACUGCGGACCAUCCGCCAUCCGGACGUUCUGAAGUUCAUGGAUGGGGUAGAGACGGAUUCCACCGUCUAUAUAAUGACCGAGCGAGUCCGCCCGUUAUCUGCAGCACUGUCGGAGUGGUCUUCCAAAGAAGCACAAGAACGCGAAGACUGGCUCAUCUGGGGUCUGCACAGAGUGUCGGUCGCCUUGGCGUUCCUGAAUGACCCUUGCUCUUCAUCGCAUGGCAACGUGCGCGUAGACUCCGUUUUCAUUUCUGCAUCCGGCGAGUGGAAGCUGGGCGGAUUUGAUGUGUUGAGCACGCCAAAAGAUGAGGCUGCUGUUCUCUAUACCAUGGGCGGUCUUCUGCCAGACUCUGCGGCGCAUUCCUCCCCAGAAGUGAAGAAGGGCGGCUGGUCCGUGCUCAAAGAGCACAAUCCUGCCGUGGCAGAUGCGUAUGCACUCGGGCUCCUCAUACACGCCGUCUUCAAUCCUACGCUCCCACCGCCAGCUACAACACAUCCACCUCACCCACCGCCGACAGCCGCUUCCCGCGCCUUGAUACCCAAUGUCUUGUUUUCUCCCUUCAAGCGGCUUCUCAACCCCAACCCCAAGGCUCGGCUGACACCGAAGGACUUCCUUGAGAUAGGCAUGGCCCAGACAGCUGGAGAAGGCUCUGGCUUUUUCGCCAAUAACCGACUCGUGAAGGUGUGCUCAGGCUUGGACAACUUCAGCUUGGGCAGCGAAGGCGAGAAGACAACUCUCCUACGAACUCUCAAGGAAUCCUCAUCAUCUUUUCCUACCGAAUUCAUAUCCUUCCGCGUGUUGCCGUCCCUUGUGUCUGCACUCCAAUAUGGCGGCGCUUCUGCACCAGCUAUUCUUCCGCUUGUCCUGCAGAUGGGUAAGAGCGUGGCACCGCAAGAUUACUCUUCCGUUAUUCUUGUGCAUUUGGUGAAGCUAUAUGCGAGCCCCGAUCGUGGUACACGACUCGCGCUGCUCGAGCACCUGUCCGAGUACGCAGACAAGCUGGACAAAAAGACAGUCGGCGAGAAGAUAUGGCCACAUCUACAAACUGGCUUUUCUGACACGGUUGCGAUUAUCCGUGAGGCCACCGUCAAGUCUAUCAUCCUAUUGUCUGAUAAGUUUGGUGACCGUAUACUGAACAACGACCUCCUGCGCUUCCUCGCCAAGAUGCAAGGCGAUCCCGAGGCAUCCAUCCGUACCAAUACGUGCAUUCUUAUCGGCCGGCUGGGGCCAUCGCUUGGCUACAACACGAAGCGCAAGGUGCUCGUGCCCGCAUUCACGCGUGCACUCAAGGAUCCGUUCGUGCAUGCGCGCGUAGCAGGACUAAUGGCGUUUAUGGCGACUGUAGACUGCUACGACGUGGAGGAGCUUGCCACGAAAGUAAUCCCCAACAUGACAUUUGCCACGAUUGACAAGGAGAAGCUCGUCCGCGAUCAGGCGUUCAAAGCCAUGGAACUGUUUGUGAAGAAGCUAGAAGAACAUGCUGCGUCUAUGGUUCGUUGCCCCGUUAUCCUCGCAUCAGCUCCUUCCGCUAAUGUGGGACAUUAUCACCCUGCAGCCGGAGACCGCGAUCCCAGAGAAUGA